CGGAAAACCGCCUGCUUCUUGGCCAAUCCCCCAUAGUGGGUUCGCGCCACUGUCUGGGACACAAGCCAAGACAAGACAAGAAAGAAUUAGAACAGCAGCAACGACAAGCGAGCAGAGAGAAAAGAAGAAGCCGUCGAUGCGUGGAAAAAAGCCUGUGCGGAGGAAGGAGUUCGCCAGUGCUCCAGGGGCAGGAGUGAAGUCGUCAGGCGCAUGCUUUGUGCCUUUUACUGUACCAGGGCGACCUUCUAGGAGCGUUUUACGGCGUUCUCAUGAACCGCGUUCUCAUAAUUGUACGCAGGAAGAUGCCGAGCGACGUCGGGACAUUGAAGCCGAUGCACCGGGAGCAGAGGUGAAGCCAUUGGACUUGAUGUCCGGCGUCGAGAACUCUACCGUGCCAAGGCCACCCGCCCGUGUUCGCAACGUCGCAACCGGACCUACUCCUGCAUUACUGGAUCCCAGUUGUUCGCCUGCGGGAGACCAGGAUUUUUCCUCAACAGUGCCUGCCUUCAGCACCGCUUUUAUGCUUCGAGGGCGGCCUCAGUCGCCACCUUGAGCUCAUCUCACAGCUCCACUGGAGAACAUGAAACGGAGGUACUGGACAAUGUACAGCUACGGUGUCCAUCUUACACCAUGUGCUGCCAUGAUGUGACGUACCAGUGAGUCCCAGCAUGACUUCAUCCGACGUUUCAGAUCACAACAUCGCAGCUCGCCAGAGCUAUCGGAGCCUGGAGGGGAAUUCAUAUCGGCACUGUUUGGAUAGCAAACGAACAUGGUCGAGAAAAGCCGUGCAUCACCUACCGCUGCUGAGGGCGCACAAACAACGGAAGUUCCAGCAUCCAGAGACUACGACUCGCAAGAAAAUCAGCGUUUCGACUACAACGAAGACGACGCCUAAGACGCCAGCUGUGACUGUACCCUCCAAUCCUUUUCCCAUCGAUACACCGCCCCUGAUGUGCACCUUAACAGCUCCUAACCAAUACAACGGUCCCUUUUACCGCUUCCCGAACUCCCAGACCGUACCAAACAACACCAUUUGUGACUACAUCAUACUAAAUAUUAAACAGUCACCGGACGGCAGCUAUAAUGGUUCAUCGUACAUGUUCCUUCGAGCGCACACCAAUAGGUACCUCUUCACGCUGGACAAUUCCGUUACUUUCCAUGAAAUGAAAGACAGAUUAUUAAAACAGCCGUUCAUGACCAGUGUCAAUAAGAUCCGUGAGAUUCUGGACCUGCACGGCUUCGGCUUCUUCACGCUGGAUACCACCGAUGUACUUGACUACACUGACACAGACAUCGACUUCCUCAAGCUUAUCUUCCAGCAUCUGAAUCAAAUACUGAACAAGCUAGGCGUGCUGACUCCUUUCAACUUUUUUUCCUUCAAGCUGGAGAAUCCAAGGCUAACCCUGGUCGAAUACGCGACAUUCCUAGACAAGAUCAACGGGAUUGCAAGCAUCGUCAUCAUUUUCACCACAACUGACGUUCAAUCGCUUCAACCGCAACCGUCGACUGCUUGGAACCUUCACUGUCUUUACUCCUUCAUCGAGCCUACAUUGGAGGACGCGCUGAACCUAAUCUACAACGUACCAGAACCCUUGAACCGGUUCGCCCUGACAUUAAGCCUCAGAAUGGACGUCUACCGCAAAACUGACCUUUCAGAUAUUUACCAGACUUCACCUGAUGAGACAUUAGCGGAGGCACGUAGCGAUCAGCACCUUUUACGGAAUUUCGAUGAGGAAUGCUAUCCAGCUGUGUACAGAAACGACCCAACGGGCUACUACUUCAAGUACUUGUCAAAAGGCUGCUGCAACUUUGCAAAGUACACUGGUCAAGCAGUCAAAGGAGUGGCUUCAUUUGAGACAUCCCGUUCAAUUGAGGACAAGAUGACCAGCACCAAGAGUAUGCUCCAGCAGCUAGGCAUCCACAGCACACACAUUGUUGGCUGGCUGGCACAUGACGUCACGUUCAACUUGGCUCUGGAGCUGUGUGGUGGCAAAGCAAACCGGCUCCUCAAGAUGCGAGAAUUGGUUGUAUGAUGGCCGCAAGUAACCGUUGAUUACUCGAAGGAGCUCAGCCGACACGUCGUUGGAGGCACGAAUUGGCCUACUUGUCUCCUGGACAUAUAGCUAUUUUUACUCCCAUAUUUGAGACAAUGAACCUUAGUACGUUAUUUAUCGCCAUUUUGCACACGAACUCGUCAAGACUGAAUUUGGUGCCGAAUGAGUUGUGAAAUAUUUUUUGGUCCUGUAUAACAAUGUCCGUUCUCGACCAUGUCCGUGUACGUGCUCUCGUUUCUGAUUGCAUCCUUUGCGCAACUGCUUGCUCGCCAUUGUCGCCAGCCGCCUCGUCAUCAAAUCGGCAGCUCAGCGCGGACUAUGCACACAACUACGCUUACUCUAAACGGACGUGCAAGAGUACAGGUUUGUUCAUACUGGGACAUUCAGCGUCUAUAGCGGCACGGAGUCGAAUUCAGAGGUUGCGAAUUCCACCGAAAUGGCACCCUCUGCGCCAGUCGGUUAGAGUCUAAUUUAUGACUCCAAUUGCACCGGAAUCCCUCGCUGAAAACCAAUCAGUAAUGAUUCAGACCCCUUCCACUAUUUCAUUAUCACUAGUUCUAUUUCCACCACUACUUCUUCAUCACGGUUAUGCAAUAUUGGUGGAAUUUAGGUACGAACAUAUUUUUUCUCUUAAUCUGUGCUCAUCGUGGCUAUAUAGGUACGCACACACAUUCGUGUGUCACCUCUGUUAUUAAAUGUGGCAAUCACGUAAGACGAUGAAUGGCUCCUAACCCUUUAAGCAAUAGCCCAUAUACCCUCGUAAACGCGGCCUCUCCAUUACAACGACAGAAGUGAAAUUGUACGCUGGAAUGAUGAGCGGCAACAAAGCCAGCUGUGGAAGGAGAAUACGACGA